AUGCCGUCGGUCACCCAAGACCCUCCCACCGCGCCAUCUCCGUCGUGUAAAAAAAGAAAGCUCGACGACACUGCUCAAUUGUACGCCGCCCUUGUCGCGAACUUCCCCUCAGCAAAGGCUGAUCACCCUGUCCUCGAGUUUUACAGAGCUGCCAACUGUUCUAAUACCGGCUUGCUCGCCGACGGGUCUUUGGACCAUGCCACUCUCUCACCACAGCACCACCUCGUUUCGCCCCUGGCAGGAAGGAAGAUAAGUCCAGCCUCGCCAUGGGGCAAACGACAACGAACCAGCCCUGAUUCUAGCGGCCCCGCAGAAGGUGACCUGAUGCAGCGAUCACCAUCCAACUCCCCGACGCAACGAUACCAACGACCAAGCCCACCUCUUCGUAGCAGCGCAAAAACGGCAGGACUUGGAGACAAGACACGGUCAGCCACCGUCGCAUCUCAAACAACUACCCCGACACCGACCAUCUCCCAAUCCCUCAUGAGCCGUUGCCAUAUCUGCUCCCGAAAGCCCACUAAAAAGUCGGAACUCGAUAGUUUCACCGACUGCCAGGGUUGCGGCCGCCGCACUUGCUACAUCUGCAUACGCGAGUGUCUGGGCUGGGGCCCACCGGCGGCAAUGAUGAACCACGCGCAGGCUGAUUCUCGAGCUCCUCCCACGCCGACUCUACCGCAGGAACCUUCGUUCACCAUGGUCGAUAUUGAUCUGCUUGAUGACGAUGGCAACACUAAUGACAUCGGCGCGGACAGCUACCACCAGAGAAUAGUUGAGCAGCAACAGCUUGCGUUGCUCAAGAGCCAGCAGCAAGCCCAACAGCAACCACAAAUGCAGCUACAACAAUCGGUUGGCAAUCAAUGUAGAGAAGGCGAGGUCAAGGCAGGAAGAGGGUUCGACGGUUGGCCCAACAGUGGUGGCGGGCACAGACAGCGGGUGUGUAGCCGCUGUUGCGUUGAGAGAGGCGAAGAUGGCGAGGUGGUGUGUCUUGGGUGUCUGCCCUUUGUGGAAGGUUGA